AUGGUGGGAAGGCAACGCAGACGGGAGUCUUUGGUCUUCGCCGCCCUCAUCCCCACCCUCAUCGCCCUCUCCGCCGCCGGCGACACCUUCGUUCCCGGCGACCGCUUGGAAGACGGCGGUUCAUUAGUAUCCUCCGAUGGAAGCUUCAAGCUGGGAUUCUUCACGCCGGGGAAGUCGAAUUUCAGGUAUCUGGGCAUCUGGUACAACCAGAUCUCCGUCCAGACGGUGGUCUGGGUGGCCAACCGUGACAGUCCCCUGCCGAACAGAACGGGCAUCCUAUCCAUCUCCAUCAACGGCAGCCUCUCCCUCUCCGACACAAAGGGGGUGGCCUACUGGUCGACGCCUCCGACGAGAGUUGCCGGGCCAGUAGCCAAGCUUCUGGACGACGCCAACUUCGUCGUGGCCGGGGCCGGUGAAGGUGAGUACGCCUGGCAGAGCUUUGACCACCCCACAGACACCCUCCUUCCCGGGAUGAAGUUGUGGGUCGACCGCCGGACCGGGUUGACAAAAAACUUAACUUCAUGGAAGUCCGACGACGACCUUGGCACUGGGGACUACACAUCCUUUUUGGACUCUCGCGGGGAUCCGCAGAUCAUCUUAGUCCAGGGCUCCAAGCAGGUGUGGAGGUCGGGGCCGUGGGUAGGAGGAAGAUUCAGCGGGAUCCCCGAAAUGAGGAGCUAUGGCAUAUUCAACUUCUCCUUCGUCUCAAACGCCGACGUAGCCUACUACCAAUUCAGCACCCGGAAUAAGUCCGUCCUGUCAAGGCUGGCGGUGCAGCCCAAAGGUCUGAUAGAACGGCUGGUCUGGAUACAGGGCGUGGGCGAGUGGAACGUCUUCUGGUCCGGUCCCAGGGACCGCUGCGAUGCCUUUGGCUACUGCGGGAUCUUUGGCGUCUGCGACGCCAACGAGUCUCCGAUGUGUAGAUGUCUCCAAGGUUUUGAACCCAAGUCCCCGGAGAACUGGAGUCUCAGAGACGGGAAGGACGGUUGCAGGCGGAGGACGGCGUUGGACUGCCAAAAUGGCACCGACGGAUUCCUCUUGUUGGCUAACGCGAAGCUUCCCGACACCUCGGGGGUGAUGGUGAACGAGAUGGCGACGGAGGAGUGCAGGGAGGCGUGCCUGAGGAAUUGCUCCUGCACGGCCUACGCCAUGAAGGAGAUGAUGAACGGCGGCAGGAGCAGCUGCAUACUGUGGAGUGGCGUUUUGGCGGACCUCCGGGUCUACGACGAUGGCGGGCAGGACCUGUUUGUCCGUCUCGCACGUGCCGAUAUAGGUACGACCGGAGAAAAGUACCUUCAGCUUGGGUGGAACUCAUCUUCCAGGGUUUUCAGAGCCGGCGGUUCUGACCACUUGUAA